GGAGCGGGGCGUCUCUCUUUCUGGGCAGCCAUGGCUGGAUCCGCGCAGGGGCCGCUAGGGAGGCUGCGGCACCUGUGCGCCCGCUAUCAGGAUUACGUGAAGCGGCAUCCGGCGGCCACUGCCCAGCUAGAGAGCACCGUGCGCGGGCUCUCCUACCUGUUGCCAGGCCGGUUUUCUGACUCUCAUGAACUCUCUGAGCUCGUGUAUUCUGCCUCCAAUUUGCUGGUGCUGCUGAACGACUGGAUCCUUCGGAAAGAGCUGCAGCAGUCGCUUCCUGUGCCCGUCCCCCAGCAGAAACUACUAACAUGGCUGAGCGUCCUCGAAUGCAUGGAGGUCUUCGCCGAGAUGGGGGCUGCCAAGGUGUGGGGUGAGACUGGCCGGUGGGCCGUCAUCGUCCUCAUCCAGCUAGCCAAAGCCAUCUUGCGCCUCUUGCUGUUGCUCUGGUACAAAGCUGGCAUCCAGACCUCUCCUGCCAUUGUGCCGCUAGACAGGAGACAGUCAUUGCAACAGCAAGACGUGGAAGGCAACUCGAUAGGGAAGGAGCAGAUAUACGUGGGGAAGCGCUCCAGCCGCGUCGUGAGGUCCCUCGAUAGCACCCCGUCCCUGCACUCCAGGCACUGGGGAGCACCUCAGCGACGGGAGGAGAACCAGAACCGAAGAGCAAUGGAGCUAGACCAGCUCCCAACCCCUUUAGGCCUCCAGGAAACCAUCACAGAGUCCAUCUACGUUAUCCGCCCCUUGCUCCACUUGAUGAGUUUAGGGUUCUGGGGACAGAGAUCUUGGAAACCCUGGCUCCUCUCAGCAACGUUGGAUAUCACAAGCUUGAGCUUACUGAGCGACAUGAAAGACCUCAACAAGCGUGAGCGUGCUGAGCUGAGACGCCGGACUGUCCUGCUACUGUAUUACCUGCUGAGGUCUCCCUUCUACGACAGAUUCUCUGAGGGCAGGAUCCUCUUUCUGCUGCGCCUGCUGGCAGAUUACGUCCCUGGAGUUGGCUUAGUCACCCGGCCAUUGAUGGAUUACUUGCCAGCCUGGCAGAAAAUCUAUUUCUACAACUGGGGUUGACGUGGCUUAACUUGAGCUAUCACAGCCAGGGAUGGACCGGCCUAAAAGCAGAUUCUUGGGAUGACAGGCUGGCUUUAUACCAGAGGGAGGCCGCCGUGAGACUUUUAAAAACAACAACAGCACAUGUGUUUCUACGGGUUAUGCUAAUGAUUUCCAAGAGAAGAGUAACGGCUCUUCGACCAUCUUUUUUUUUUCUUCCUUAAGUAUCUUCUUGUGAACUCUGAACACUACAAAGACUGGGAUUUAAAAGUACUUUGCUCUUCCCUUUUGCCUUCCGAUAUAACUGGUUUCAAAGAUUGCUGGGGUG